AUGCCCAAACGUGGCUCUUCAACGUCAGGUACAGUUGCAGCUGUACCACGUAAAAAACAAAAAAAUACUCAAUCAACAAAUGGUCAUGAUACUGAAGAACAAGAUGAAAAUAUACCACCAAAUUCUACCUUUGAAUCAUCACAAUUAUUUAAAGAAACUCCUGAUUUACAUAAAAAUGCCGGCACUAUUCUUAGAAUUAGUGUAAAAAAUUUUAUGUGUCAUACGUUUCUUGAAUUUGAUUUCAAUGAAAAUUUAAAUAUGGUUAUUGGCAAUAAUGGCAGUGGAAAAUCUGCAAUUAUGAAUGCAAUUACACUUACAUUAGGUGGUCGUGCUACAAGUACAAGUCGUUGUUCUAAUAUUGGUCGUUUUAUUCAACAUGGUAAAAGUAAUGCCGAAAUAUCUGUUGUAUUGUGCAAUCAAGGUCUCGAAGCAAUUGAUAUUGAACGUUUUGGACGAACAAUUACAAUUAUACGUAAAAUAACAAUCAAAGGUAGCAGUAAUUAUUUGAUUAAAAAUGAAUAUGGUAAAACAGUCUCGGAAAGAAAAGAUACAAUUGAUAUCAUAGUUGCACAUUUUAAUAUUCAAGUUGAUAAUCCAAUGUGUAUGCUUAACCAAGAUAUAGCAAAGAAUUUUUUAAAUACAAAAAGUACCAAAGAAAAAUAUAAUUUUUUUCUCAAAGCAACACAAUUACAAAAAAUGGUUGAAGAUCUUGAACAAAAUACAAUUGAAGUUCGUAAUUCGAAAGGAUUACUUAUUGAUCAUAUUAAAAAAAAAAAAGAAAUUCAAGCCCAACAAGAAGAUCUUCAAGCACAAUUAAAAUUUGCUGAAUCAGUACGUAAUGCAAAAUCAGAUGCUAAUAAUCUUCAAGGACAACUUGAAUGGGCUGAAGUAUUUAAUCUUGAAAAAUCAUUGGCCGAGACUGAACAAAAACUUCUUGAUAAUCGAUAUGCUGUUGAAGAAUAUAUGAAAAAACGUGAUGCAUUAAUCGAAGAUAUUAAAAAUGAAAAAACUAAACGUGAUGAAUUACUUCGUAAAGCACAAGAAGUUGCAAAUAAUGCAAUUGAAGAAAAACGUAUUCAUGAUGAUCUUGAACGACGAAUGAAAUUAUUUAAUAAAGAACGAAGAGAUUUAUUAAAUGAAGUAAAUAAAUCUGAAAAAGAACUUCAAAUACAAAUUGAAUUAAAGAAAAAACUUCAAAAUAAAAUUGAUGAAAUGCGUCGUAAAGCAACAGGUAAUAAUGAUUAUGAUCGAGUUCGUCAACGUAUGGAAGAAUUACAAAUUUCAAUUGCUGAACAACGACAAAUAUUAUCAAUGAAAGAAAAUGAACAAGUUAAUUUUCGACAAUUAUAUGAUGAUGAACGUCAAAUUCAAUUUAAUGAUCAAGCAGCUGUUAAACAACAUGAAGAUUCAUUACGUAAACGACGUGGACACAUUCAACAUCUUAAAGCAGCGAAAGAAGAUCGUGUUACAAUUUAUGGACGUUAUACACUUGCAAUUCUGAAAGAAAUUGAAAAACAAGCUCAUAGAUUUAAACAAAUGCCUAUUGGUCCCGUUGGUAAACAUAUUCGUCUUAUUGAUCGAAAAUGGGCGAUUGCUAUUGAACAAGCGAUUGGAAAUAUAAUUCCAAGUUAUCUUUGUUCAUGUCGUGAAGAUGAAAGAGUUUUUCUUGAAAUACUUACACGUUGUGUACCAGCACAAGAUAUGGAUUAUCGACCAAGUGUUACUGUGAUGAAAUUUCAAUCAAAAAUUUAUCAACAACUUCGAUUACCACCAUCAAGUUUUACAACGAUUUUAUCCAUGCUUGAUAUUGAUAAUCCAACAGUUGCAUGUUUUUUAAUUGAUCAAGGACGUGUUGAACAAAGAAUUUUAAUGGAUAAUUAUGAAACAGCUCGUCGUAUUAUGGAAAGAAGUUCACCACCCAAUUGUAUAGCUGCAUAUCUUCCAAAUGGUACUGAAAUGCAAAAUUUAAAUGUAUUUCGUUGUUAUACAUGUAAAGCUCAAAGUGCACGCUAUUUUGUUGAAGAUCUUGCUGAACAAAUAAUUCGUGCAGAAAAAGAUUGUCAUGCUAUUGAACGAGAGAUUCAAGAAGCGAAAUUAAAAUCAAAUGAAACACAAAAACGAGUUGGUCAACAUCAACAAACAGUAACUUCAUUAGAAACAACAAUAAAUGAAAUAAAAUUAAAAAUUGGUCGAUUAGGAAAAGAACUUCGAGAAUUACAAUCAAUUGAAGCGCCCAAUAAUUCUAAUAUAGAUGAUUGUGAAAAUGAUUUAUCUGAAUAUGAUACUCGUAUUGAAACAUUAAAAGAACGUAUAAAAGAACAAAAAUCUAAAAGUGAAGUUGAAUCACCAGAAUAUCGACAGGUGUUAGAUGAUUUAGCUCAAGCACGACAACGUGUUAUGGAAAAACGUGAAGAAGCUGAACAAUGUAAAACAACACUUCAAUCGUGUGAUGCUUUAAAAGAAAAUGGCCAACGAGCAAUCAAUGAAUUACAAAAAGGUCUUGAUGAUAAUCAAAGAAAACUUGAUCAACAAGAAGCAACAAAAACAUUUGUUGAAAAAAGACUUGAAAAACAACUUGAAAAUGCACAAAAUUUAGUUCAACAACGUCCAGAUGAAGAAAUUGAUACGAAAACGGUUCGACGAAAUUUGGAUGCUCUUCUAAAAUUUAUUGAAACAAAUAAGAAUGUUACACAUGAUUUACAAAAAAUUGAACAACGUGUCGAACAAGUUACUCAAGAAUUAAAUGUAUUUUGUCGUAUUGUUGAUAAACAAGAAAAACUUAUUCAUAAAUUAUUUAAAGCAGCACGUCAUCGUGGUCAACAAUAUAAAAAUCUUUUGGAAUCGACAGCGAAAUUAACUAGUAGUUGUUUUACUUCAUUUCUUGAAUCAAGAAAUUAUACAGGCGAAGCUAUUUUCGAUCAUCAAGAAAGAACUCUUUCACUUGAAAUUACACCACGUGGAGAUGAAGUACAUAAAGAUACACGAUCAUUAUCAGGUGGUGAACGUUCAUUCUCAACAGUUUGCUUUAUGCUUGCUCUUUGGGAAGUUGUUGAAAUGCCAUUACGUUGUCUUGAUGAAUUUGAUGUUUUCAUGGAUCAUGUAACACGUCGAACUGCAAUGAAUCUUGUUCUUGAGGUGGCUCGUGAAAAGAAAAAACAAUAUAUAUUUUUAACACCACAAGAUUUAAGUUUUCUUAAAAUAACUCCCGAUAUGCGUAUUCUACGAAUGCCUCAACCAAAACGAACAUUAGUGCAAAUAAAUAAUGAAAAUGAUUCCGAUUAA